AUGGCUAAUCCAUUGGCAUCACUUCAACCCGAGCUUUGGACUGCAAGUUCAAACGAUGCUCUUCAAAUAUAUGUAACAGAAAAUGGUGCGGCUACCAGUUUCAAGCCAAACUUUACUUAUCCAAUCUUUGGAGAUUCAGAAACGGUGUUUGGUUAUAAAGAUUUAGUGAUCUUUUUAUGUUUUGAUCAUUGUACAUUUCUUCCAUUUCUUAAUGUUAAGUAUCUGGAAAAACUCGAUGAUGAAGAUAUUGUAGAUCCAAAAAGCAAACUUAUGGAAUUUCUUCCAGAUUCUACAGUGUUCAAAGAUGAAGGACUUUGGCUCGAAAAGACAGAAGAAGAAUCACAAAAGUUCAAAAUUCCUGGAGAGCUUGUAGAAGGACUGGAAUUCACAAAGGAAGGUGAAGAUUAUGCUGUAUACAAAAUCAACUUGCAGUCUUUGGAAGGUGAAGAGUUGCACAAAAGACUACAAAUAUUAGUUCUUUUGUUUAUUGAAGCUGGCUCUUAUAUUGACUCUAAGGACAAGUUGUGGGAUGUCCAUGUAUUAUACAAGGUUACUGAUCGUGACACCCCUUCUGUGGCAGGAUUUGUCACUGCUUAUAAUUACUGGAAAUAUCCAGGGUGUGCAAAGUUUGACAAAGGUGAAGAAGAAGUAAGAAUGAAGAUUUCUCAGUUUAUAAUAUUACCUAAUUAUCAAGGAUUAGGUCUCGGGGGAAGCUUGUACAACAUAUUGUACAACCAUUGGAGAAAAGAAGACAGAGUAGUUGAAAUUGUCAUUGAAGAUCCGAAUGAACAAUUUGACGAUCUUAGAGAUCGUUGCGAUCUACAAACAGUUCAUCGUGAACUUCCAGGAAGUCUUAAGAUUUCUGAUAUUACCCCUGAAUGGUAUAAUAAAACUAGAGCUCAAUUUAAAUUUGAAAAGAGACAAUUUUCUCGACUUUUAGAAAUGCUUCUUUUGCACGAUGGUUCCAAUGGGAAAAAGAAUAUCAGAUUAUUCGUGAAAAAGAGACUCUAUGAGAAAAACAAAGAAACUUUAGAGUCCUUAGAUCAACCUACGCGUCUUGAUAAGCUUCAAACAGCAUUUGAGUCCUUAGAACAAGAUUAUAGGAGAAUUCUUAAGCCUGUGAAGUUUAAGAGAUCUGGAGACUCCGUUGAACUGAGUAACAAGAAACAAAAGUAG